AUGAGCGGAAAGAGAUAGCCUGCGGCUCAACAGUUGAACCAGUAAUCGCAUUAAGGAGCUCAUAACAGACCUAAUUCUUUUUCAAAAACUUAGAAUUUUACUCAAAGCUACAAUAUAUAUCAAAACUCAAACAAUAAUUAGAACAUUAACAGUGAAAUGAUAGGUGUAUUUGGAGGAGCUACUCCAGAUAGAAAGUAAAAUAACAAUAACUUAACAGGUAAUUAAUCCCAUGCCAAUGAUGGCUCUGCAAGUUCUUAUAUAAAAGGAUCAAGAAUCGGUAUAGUUAACAACAAGCAUGGUCAGCUUAUAUAAUCUUAAACCUAGCAAGCAUCACUAUCAGCUAGGCCACACUAUAAUAUAUAACAUAAUAAUGCAUCGCAGCAAAAUCAUUAAUUGAUUGGAUCUUAGUAGAUAAAUUCAAUGGCAGGAGCAGGUUAACAACUUCCAGGAAAGAUUAACAUUCCAAGUAUAUCUCCAAUCAGGUUAGGGAAUCCUAAAUAAACUAUCUCAAGCAACACCAGGAAUCAUAAUCUUUAAUAGAAUCAAUCUUCUCAACAAUAACCUCAGAGAAAGAACUUAAAUUCCCAAAAGGUUAUUCAGUCUAGUUCUAAUAAUAACAAUAACGUCGCAUAGCAUAAUAACAAUCCUUAAGCUAUAACAACUAAGAUCGAUUUAAGCAGGAGCAUACAGGAAACCUUUAACUAUAUACAGUAGAAUCAAAUACCCACUUAGUAGAACCCAUAAAUUGUAAUCAAUUAGUAAAUAUAGCAACAAGAUGAUUCGAAUCUGAUUUACACAAAGGAAAAAAUUAAGAAGCUCAAAGAUGAGAACAAAAAGCUGCAUCAACUGUUAACUGAUACUGAGGAGAGAUUCAAAAGUAAACUAGAUCAAACGAGAAGAGAAUCAGAGGGUAUAAUGAAAAUUUUCAAUUAGAUACUGCCUAUUCUAAGAUAAGUAAUGUCCUCCUAGUAAUAGCAAUAAACCUUCAACAGUCAAUAAAUUGAUCUCUAAGAGGCUUAAAAUAUCUUAAAAUUUCUUGAAUCUAAUUCCAACAACUUAGAUUAGAGAUAACAGCUGCCAGGUAAUGUGAGUAAUUAAAUUGAUAACGAAAACUAAGUACAGAUGAAAAUAAUGCAAGAUAGGAUAAAUAAUCUAGAAUUAGAAGUAAGCGAGCUAAAGGAUACUAAUCACAAGUAUCUCAAAUACAUUUAGCAAUAAAUGGUUCUCUCCAGGAUUUAAGAACAGGAACUUAUCAAGCUCAGAAAAGAGAACGAAGAGCUUCAAGCUUAUAAAAAGAGCAUUGAUCUGUAUUUUUCUAGUAAUUUGUAAAAUAGUGACAAGCAGGAUAGUACCACUACCUUCAACGACUAAGUAUCUACUCAGCAUAACUAUACUAAUAUGAAUUCCGACCCAACUCCUGCAUUCUUAAAAGCUACUCUCAUAAAUGGUAUAGACUAAGCUGAAAUAGAUGAUUUAGGUACUGGUUAGAGUAGCAAUCUAGAUUCGAACAAGAUUGAACUUCCAGAUUUCUUUAAAUAGUAGAGUACAGUAAGUAUGACUGGGCAAGGUCUUUCUUUAAUUACUGAUUAUUCACCCAUCAAGACUUCUAAUUUAUAGCUUGCCAAUAUUGGUGAUAACAAACUAAUCGAAGAGAACAUCAAGUAAUUGAUGCCAAAUGCAAUGAAAAAGAGUCGAUCAUCUAGUUCACCAUUUACAAUGAGCAACAACUUCAUUAAAUAUAAUAUAAACAACAACGACUAUAAAUGA